GAUAGCAGGGAAACAAAAGGAAAAGCACAAAAAGCAGUGAUCAAAAUGACUCACCAUUCGUCAUUCACCAUCCUCAUUCCUCAGUGGCUUCUUCGUGGCUACCAAAACAAAUAAAGAUUGUUUGUCAUUCGUUGAAGGAGCAAAUUCCAAAGCUUCAAUCCCAUUAACCAACAACCAAUCUCAAAUUCAAUGCUGAUUCCAAAUCUCAACUAAGCCUAUAAAAUUUAACCACCCAAAUACUUAUAUAUUAUUAUUUAUUAUUAUUAUUAUUAUUAUUAUUAUCGAGAUGAUGAUGCUAACAAAAUUAGUUUCCUUGUUUUCAACCAAAAACAAGUUUGCGUCUCUCUCUUCAAUCCCGCUCUUCCUUUCUCCUUCUCUCAUUACCAGGUUGCAAAUGGAGUCGUCGUACACGGCGUCGUCUCAUUCUUCUUCUUCUUCAUCACAAUCGUCGAAGCUCUUGUUCCGCCAGCUAUUUGAGAAGGAGUCCUCCACCUAUACAUACCUUCUUGCUGAUGUCUCCCACCCUGAUAGACCUGCUCUGUUGAUUGAUCCGGUAGACAAAACAGUAGAUAGAGAUUUGUCAGUUGUACAAGACCUUGGGCUAAAGCUUAUAUAUGCAAUGAACACCCAUGUACAUGCUGAUCAUGUCACUGGGACCGGCAUUAUUAAGAGUAAAGUUCCCAGUGUAAAAUCUGUUAUUUCGAAAGCGAGUGGUUCAAAGGCUGAUAUGCUGAUUGAACCUGGUGAAAAAAUACAUUUCGGAAAUCUUUUCCUGGAGGUUCGUGCUACUCCUGGCCAUACACUGGGUUGUGUUACCUAUGUUACUGGAGAUGGACCUGAUCAGCCUCAGCCUCGGAUGGCAUUCACAGGAGACGCUUUGUUGAUACGUGGAUGUGGGAGAACAGACUUUCAGGGUGGAAGUUCAGAGCAGCUCUACAAUUCUGUGCAUUCAAAGAUUUUUACAUUGCCAAAGGAAACUUUGAUCUAUCCAGCUCAUGACUACAGAGGAUUCACUGUCAGUACUGUUGGGGAAGAGAAACUAUACAAUCCUCGCCUAACAAAGGAUUUGGAAACAUACAAGAGCAUUAUGAAAAAUCUGAAUCUGCCAUAUCCAAAGAUGAUAGACAUAGCUGUUCCAGCAAAUUUGGUUUGUGGGCUGCAAGAUGAAACACCCAAAGCCUGAUAAGCCAAACAAAGCCAUGUUCAUAUGUUGGCUGUUUUUUGUCUUUGAAUUGCUUUGUCAAUGGAAGCUUGGUGCCUUGUAAUAUAUGAAACUAAUCAAUAAAUGGCCAUUUUUACAAUUUUUUUAUAAAAAAAAAAAAGGGAAAAGCAAAGGUAAAUAAUUGGCCAAUUUAAAAUUGUUUGAGAUUGAUUGUAAACUGUAAAAAUACCAUCUACCAUAUGUUGUUGUUA